AUGGGGCAAGAAGCUUGGUAUUCUGCAAAUGCUUUGGCCAAGCGCUUUAGAUACGAGAGUGCAAGCAAUUUGCCUAUAUACCCACAAAGGCCAGGAGAGAAGGAUUGUGUCCACUAUAUGCAAACAAGAACCUGUAAAUUUGGAGAUAGCUGCAAAUUUGACCAUGCUAUUUGGGUUCCUGAAGGUGGAAUCCCAGAUUGGAAAGAGUUGGCUCCUGGCCAGGUGUCUCUAUUCCAUCUGAGUUCUUCUCCCUUUCAAAGAUUUGGUUUUGCUUCUUUUGCGUCCCCCGAGACUUCUGAAAAAGAACAUGGGAGUAAUUCAGAGAAUAAUGGAGAUGCUAAAGUCUCCAGUCAAGCCGCCUCUGAGCAGAGUGAUGUUGCUGAUCAAACAAAAGAAUCAGGUUCUAUAUCAGAUUCUCAGUCUACUAUGUCUAAUAAUGUGAAAACAAGGAGAAGAACUAAACGAACAGCAUUUUCUGAUUCAGAUUCCGACGAGGAUUUGAGUGUAGAUGAUCUGGUGAAACUUGUGGCUGAGAAGGAAGAGCUUUUGAAGCAGAAGCAUAAAGAGAUUGAGAAAAUGCAAGAUAAAGUCCUCAGAAGCUAUGCGGAAAUGGAGAAUAUUGUUUGGUUUUUAUUUAUUUUUGCUGUUUGUAUUUGUUUGGUUUUUAUUUAUUUUUGCUGUUUGUAUCAUAUAAACAGGCAGAAUGAGCAGCUUUCCAAGUAUGGGGACACAAAAUCAGCUCGAAACAUCAUGCUUAUAGAACUUAAAAAGUUAAUUGAAGCGAACCCUUUGUUUCGUGAUAAACUUACAUUCCCAGCCUUCAAAAGUUCGCGUCUAAGGACUUUAAUAAAUCAGAGUCUAAACUGGCAGCAUCAACUUUGCAAGAAUCCUCGUCCAAACCCUAAUAUAAAAACACUUUUUACGGAUCAUUCUUGCAAUCCAACUACUAAUGGAUCUCGUCCUCCUCCAACAAACAACCUUGUGGGGCCGAUUCCCAAGGCUGGUGCAUUUCCUCCUAUUGGUGCCCAUGGUCCAUUUCAGCCGGUUGUGUCCCCAUCUCCUAGUACUAUUGCUGGUUGGAUGUCAAAUUCUAAUUCAUCUUUGUCUCAUCCUGUUGUGGCAGCACCACCUCCUGGUUUUGUCCAGCAAUCUAGUGCAGCUGCAUUUUUGAAACACCCAAGGACUCCUACAGGUGUUACGGGGAUGGAUUAUCAAUCAGCUGACUCUGAGCACUUGAUUAAGCGCAUUCGUACUGGACAGUCUAAUGAGGUAUCAUUCUCUGGUGUAAUGCAUUCUAGGGCCUAUUCACAAGAUGACAUUCCCAAAAAUCUUGUCCGGACCCUUAGUCAAGGAUCUAAUGUUAUGAGCAUGGAUUUUCAUCCUCAACAACAAACCAUACUGCUAGUUGGGACAAAUGUUGGUGACAUUAGCCUUUGGGAAGUUGGGUCGCGGGAGAGGAUGGUACAUAAACCCUUCAAGGUUUGGGAUAUACAAUCUGCUUCGAUGCCAUUGCAGUCAGCUUUGUUAAGUGAUGCUGGAAUAUCAGUGAAUCGUUGUGUUUGGGGGUCAGAUGGGCUCAUGCUUGGUGUUGCAUUUUCAAAGCACACUGUCCAGAUAUAUACUUACAAUCCAACUGGGGAACUCCGUCAACAUUUGGAAAUUGAUGCUCAUGUGGGUGGAGUUAAUGACAUUGCCUUUGCCCAUCCCAACAAGCAACAUUGCAUUGUUACGUGUGGAGAUGAUAAGAUGAUCAAGGUAUGGGAUGCUGUAUCUGGACGUAGACUCUAUAUAUUUGAAGGUCAUGAAGCUCCAGUAUAUUCUGUUUGUCCUCAUUACAAAGAAAAUAUUCAGUUCAUAUUUUCAAUUGCUAUUGAUGGGAAAAUUAAAGCUUGGCUUUAUGAUUGCUUGGGAUCAAGAGUGGAUUAUGAUGCUCCUGGACUAUGGUGCACUAUGAUGGCAUAUAGUGCAGAUGGAACUAGGCUCUUCUCAUGCGGAACAAGUAAGGAGGGUGAAUCUCAUCUUGUUGAGUGGAAUGAGAGUGAAGGAGCUAUCAAACGUACAUAUUCUGGUUUCAGGAAGAGAUCUUUAGGUGUUGUUCAGUUUGACACAACAAGAAACCGGUUUUUAGCUGCUGGUGACGAAUUUCAAAUUAAGUUAUGGGAUAUGGACAGUACCUGUAACGACCCGGAUUUUUAA